AUGCAUCCAGGCGACAAGGGCGAACCACUUGUCCCGGUGAUCGAGUACGACGAUGCCAAGACGUUGAUGACUCGGGGACCACUGCAGCUACACGACCAUGUGACUUCUCGAAUGGAAAAGGCUUUAGGCAGGACACUCCCGCAAAUGGAAGUGUGCUUCAAAGAGGUUUCGAUCUCGGCCGACAUCGCGGUGAAUGACAAGAACGAAUUGAAGACGGCUCUGCCUACUCUCCCGAACGAGGUGAUGAAAGCAGUUCGUGGUGUGAUCGCUAGUAAACAUACAGUGAGGAAGGAGAUCUUGACGAAUGUGAGCGGAGUUUUCAAGCCCGGUACAAUUACACUUGUACUGGGGCAACCCGGAUCGGGAAAGUCGGCCUUGAUGAAGCUCCUCAGCGGACGGUUCCCAGCGGACAAGAACAUCACCAUUGAGGGUGAGGUGACGUACAACGGAACUCCCAUUGCCGAGGUACGCAAGCACCUGCCACAGUUGGUGUCGUAUGUUCCCCAACGGGAUGAACACUACGCCUUGCUGACUGCGAAGGAGACGCUUAAAUUCGCACACGCUUGCUGUGGUGGAGAUCUGGCCGAGUACUGGGAGAAACAGUUCGUGCAUGGCACUCCGGAGGAAAACGCAGAGGCAUUGAAGGUGAUUCGAGCCAUGUACCAGCACUAUCCAGACCUCGUGAUCCAACAACUCGGACUGGAAAACUGCCAGAACACCGUUGUGGGAGAUGAAAUGCUGCGUGGUGUGUCCGGUGGCGAGCGCAAGCGAGUGACGACUGGCGAGAUGGAGUUCGGCAACGCGUAUGUGAAGAUGAUGGACGAGAUCAGCACUGGUCUGGACAGUGCAGCGACCUUCGAUAUCAUCACAAUGCAGCGCAGUAUCGCCAAGAAGUUCCGCAAGACUGUGGUCAUCUCGUUAUUGCAGCCGUCACCGGAACUCUUCGCGCUGUUUGACAACGUGAUGAUUCUGAACGGAGGUCGCGUCAUGUACCAUGGUCCUUGUGAGGAAGCGUUGGGAUACUUUGAAGGUCUUGGCUUCAAGCGCCCACCUCAACGUGACGUCGCUGACUUCUUGAUGGAUCUCGGGACCAAUGAGCAGUGGCAAUAUGAAGUGAGAAGUGAUGUUCCUCGUACUGCUCGCGAGUUUGCUGUUGCCUUCGAGCGCUCGUCUGCCUUCGCACACGUCCUAAAAGACGUGGAAGACUCCGUUCGCUCCAGUCUUGUUCACCAUGAGAAAGCUCGUGUCGGUGAUCAGCCAGAGUUCUACCAGAGCUUUUGGGCUAGCACUGCUCUGCUCAUGAACCGACAACUGACAAUGAUGCGUCGAGAGAUGUCGGGUCUCAUCGGGCGACUGGCAAUGAAUACUAUUAUGGCGUUGCUGUAUGGCUGCGUGUUUUACCAGUUCGACCCCGCGAAUCCGCAGUUGGUAAUGGGCAUCAUCUUUGAGGCUACACUUUGCUUGUCACUGGCUUUGGCUGCGCAGAUCCCGAUGAUCAUAGCCGCCCGUGAGGUGUUUUACAAGCAACGCCGUGCCAAUUUCUUCCGGACCGCGUCAUACGUGCUAUCCUUCUCCGCCAGUCAGAUACCUCCAAUCAUACUGGAGACGAUCGUAUUCAGCUCCAUCGUGUACUGGAUGUGUGGCUUUGUCAGCUCGGCGGGAAGCUUUAUCCUCUUCGUGGUGAUGUUGUGUUUGAUCAACAUCACAGUAGGCGCCUUCUUCUUCCUCCUGUCGAGUUUUUCUCCGAACGUCAAUGUGGCGAAUCCUGUCUCCGGUGUGAUUGUCGAGUUGUUCAUCCUGUUUGCUGGAUUUACCAUCACGAAAAACCAGAUUCCGGAUUAUCUCAUUUGGCUCUACUGGAUUAAUCCUGUGGGCUGGGGAGUCCGAGCUAUCGCAGUCAACCAGUACACGGAAUCCCGUUUUGAUACUUGUGUGUACGAUGGUAUCGACUACUGUGCUAGAUACGGGAUGAAAAUGGGCGAGUACGCGCUAAGCACGUACGAGGUACCACGGGAGAGAUAUUGGCUUUGGUAUGGUAUGGUCUUCAUGGCGGCUUCCUACAUCUUCUUCCUGUUCUGUGCAUUCGUUGCGCUGGAGUAUUAUCGAUAUGAAAAACCUGAGAACGUGGCACUAGACAUCGAAAUCAUUCCUGAGAACUCGAAAUCGGAUAAUUAUUCACUCGCUCAGACGCCACGCAGCCAGGAAAAAGACGAAGAAGUUGUGGUACCCGUGGCUGCAGUUAGUGAACAGUUUAUCCCAGUGACGGUGGCGUUCAAGGACUUGUGGUACACUGUUCCUGACCCAGCCAACCCAAAAGAGACCAUCGAUCUACUCAAGGGUAUUAGCGGAUAUGCUCUUCCUGGUACUAUUACUGCACUCAUGGGGUCUUCGGGUGCAGGUAAAACAACGCUGAUGGACGUGAUAGCUGGUCGAAAAACCGGUGGCAAGGUUCAGGGACAGAUUCUGCUAAACGGACACCUAGCUACCGAUCUCGCAAUUCGUCGCUCGACUGGAUACUGUGAGCAAAUGGACAUCCACUCCGAGUCGUCUACGAUCCGUGAAGCGUUGACGUUUAGUGCAUUCUUACGCCAGGGUGCUGAUGUGCCGGACAGUUAUAAGUACAACACGGUGGACACUUGUUUGGAUCUCCUGGGUCUCACUUCGAUCGCUGAUCAGAUCAUUCGUGGUAGUUCGAUGGAGCAGAUGAAGAGAUUGACGAUCGGCGUGGAACUAGCAGCGCAGCCUAGUGUGCUUUUCCUCGAUGAACCCACAAGUGGUCUUGAUGCUCGGUCUGCGAAAUUGAUCAUGGACGGAGUCCGCAAGGUGGCAGACACAGGUCGAACAGUGAUUUGUACAAUCCACCAGCCUUCAGCUGAAGUUUUCCAAGUCUUUGACAGCAUGCUGCUGCUCAAACGUGGAGGUGAGACGGUUUUUGCCGGUGAACUGGGCGAGAAUGCAAGAGAGAUGAUCCAGUAUUUUGAAUCGAUUGAAGGAGUGGAUAAAUUACGGGACAACUACAAUCCGGCGUCGUGGAUGUUGGACGUGAUCGGUGCCGGUGUCGGCAACUCGAACGGUGACAAGACGGACUUUGUGAGUAUUUUCAACUCCAGUGCACUGCACGAGCGUUUGCAGUCAAACCUGGAUCGUGAAGGUGUGUCUCGACCGUCACCAUCGAUGCCACCGCUUGUAUACGACGACAAACGUGCUGCUACGGAGCUCACACAGAUGAAAUUCUUGCUUCUACGAUUCGCGAACAUGUAUUGGAGAACACUGUCGUACAAUUUGACGCGCUUCAUUGUGUGGACUGGGCUGGGUCUUCUCACUGGCAUCACGUACCUUGACACGGACUACAACACGUACGCUGGCAUCAACUCUGGAUUGGGAAUGGUUUUUUCCACGCUGGGAUUCAUCGGGAUUAUCGCGUUCAAUGGCUUCGUACCAGUCGUAGCGAAGGAACGCUCGGCAUUCUAUCGCGAACGCGCGGCUCAAACGUAUAACGCAUUCUGGUAUUUCUUCGGUUCAAGUCUUAUUGAGAUCCCGUACACUUUCGCAGGUUGUUUGCUCUUCAUGGCGGUCUUUUACCCAGUUGUCGGCUUCACUGGUGCUGAAUCUUUCUUCACUUUCUACCUCGUUCUAUCGCUGGGUGUGCUGUUCCAGGAGUAUCUGGCCGAGCUCGUGGUUUUCAUGACUCCGAAUGUGGAGGUGGCGGAAAUUCUGGGAAUGCUGGUGAACCUGUUUACCUUUUUGUUCGCGGGCUUCAGUCCUCCCGCUGCGGAGUUGCCUUCAGGCGUCAAAUGGAUCUACCACGUCAACCCGUUUACAUACAUUUUGUCCGCUCUGGCCACUAUCGUGUUUGGCGAUUGCCCAAGUCAAAGCAGCAGCGCCAUCGGAUGCAACCAAUUGGCGAACGCGCCACCAUCGUUGCCCGAAGGAAUCAUCGUGAAAGAAUACUUGGAAGUCAACUUUGCCAUGAGGCACGAACACAUCUGGCGAAACUGCGGCAUCAUGUUCGGAAUCGUGCUUUUCAUCCGAGUUUUGACACUUUUGGCGAUGCGGUUUCUCAAUUUCCAGAAGAAAUAAAACACGCAACUUCGAGUGUAGCGUACAUGAUUAAAAAAAAAGCUCCAUAUAGCUCUUUUCACUUUCUGAAAUGUACCUUCAUUCAUUCAACUA